UCAACUCGUAGGUUAUGGAGUUCUACGGGUGUAUUUUAAAUAUUUGAGUGUGUGUAGAUUUGGUGCCUCCAUUUUAGCCAUGUUGUCUAUAAUGGUUCCCUCGUGAUGACUUCACUGGAUCGUGAGUUGCCAAUAGCCGAGGAGGCUGGUAUUUCAACUUCAUCGGCCCCGUAUCGUUCUACUACACGUUCUUUAACUCCGUAUUUACCGUAUUCAUCAUUUCGUGUUAAGUCGGGUCACAAUGACAACGAUGACCCCUUGAUAUCGAGUCAAGAUCGCAAUAAGGAUUCUCAGGUUCUUUAUGUUAAGCCGGUUUAUGCUGUGCAUCCGGUUCAUAAAGGUUCUGCUUGGUUUCACUACCUCCCUGCAUUUUUUGUUCUCAGUUGUUUUAUUGGCAUAUACUGGAUAUUUUUAUGUUACCAUUUGAAGCCUGCUGUUGGGUAUGAUUUGAGUCACUAUGGCAUUGUGAGUAACAGUACAGUCUUGGUUGUUAUUGUUACUCACAUUUUAGGUUUGAUGUUUGUAUUGAAUUAUGUCCUUUGUGCUACUGUUGACCCAGGUCGUGUUCCUGACACUUUGGAGUGGAAGGUGCCUGUAAAUGGCGAUCAGCGUGCGAUUCCAUCGCUAUGUGAAACGAAGCGUUCCGGUGAGCGUCGUAUUUGCAAGUGGUGUAUUCUUUACAAGCCAGAUCGUGCUCAUCAUUGCACGGUUUGUGGUCGUUGUGUCCUUAUGAUGGACCAUCAUUGUCCGUGGGUUCACAACUGUAUUGGUUGGGGUAAUCACAAGUAUUUUUAUUUAUGUCUUUUUUAUGCUUCUGCGUUAUCUUCUAUGAUUUCGAUUUUAUCGUUCCCAACAGUACGCCACGUCUUAAAAUCCCCGAUGGUACCAUUUUCUGAACUUUCAAUGCUUGUGAUUGGUGAGAUCUUAUCUGUAACGUUUGCUGUUAUUUGCACAUCGUUUUUAGGAUUCCACAUUUGGUUGAUGUGUGAAGCCUACACUACCAUUGAGUUUUGUGAGAAGCGUUUUUGCAGUAUAAUGUGGCCUAACCGUUCACUAUGGUCUGGUACUUUGUAUGAGAACAUAUGUGCUACGUUGGGUAGUAAUCCAUUAUUAUGGCUGGUACCUGUAGACAAUCGCUCAGGUGACGGUAUACAUUUCAUUCCUCACGUUCAGGGUCUUCAUGAUGAAGAUGGUUAUGAUGAACAUUCUGCUUUUUUGAAGAUGGCUCGUGAGACGAAUCAGUUUGAGCCUAUAGUAGAGGUUUAACAACUAGCGUCAGAAACUAUGUACGCUUGUACAAUAUAUUAAU